AUAUCACGUGACUAGCAACGGUUUACAAAUGGCGGUCGAUGUUGGCGCUUCGUGGUAGCUUAUUAUUGUACAUAUCAUUACAACCGCCAGAAAAACAUGGAUAGAGGAAGGAAUUUGGGGGUCCUUGCAGAAGAUUCAGAAGAAGAGGAAGUUGAUGAUGAACGUAAAAAAGAGGGAAGCUCAGAUGAAUCAGAAAGCGAUGACGAUGAACCAGAUCCAUCUGCUCGACGGGAGCCAAACAAGUUUGACAAUUUGUGUGAUGGAGUCACAAAUACAAUGGCUUACGUACAUGGAGCUAUGCAGGAGCUUCUAAAUAUGAAAGAUGAGAUGCUAAAACAUUCCCUUCCCCCCACACUGCUGAUAAAGCUAGCCACUGUCACAGGAAAGGUGUUCAGAAGUGUGAGUGACUUAAACAUGCCUGUCAAUGAGUUGGUAAGGCUAGUUCGAGUGUAUUCAACUCCAUGGGAGGAGAAGAGCGCCGCGCUGAAGAAACUGCACGAGGAUUAUGAGAACAAACAAAGGCAGCUGAAUAUUGCUGUUAAACGUCUGCAACUUGUUGACGCUCAUUCUAAAAGAAUAGCAAGAGAAAAGCGAAUCAUGAAUUGGGAGAAGUUGUUUGCCAAAAUCAUGAGCAACAAGGGUCAUGGCAGGCGAUGGAAAUUCCUUAUCGAGACUAUCAAACAGAAAGCGAAACUAGGACUGGAGCAUGUGCAGGAGUACACGCGAGCACUGGAAGAGAGUUCCGAUGAGGAAGAGGAUGAAGAAGAUGACAUGCCAAUGACUAUAAAACGACCCGGAGAGGACAGUGACAAACUAUCGGAUCUUGAGGAAGGCGAGGAAGAUGACGAGAAGACAUCUACAGCUAAAGAUGAGAGCAGUGAGGAGACAGAGAAAUCUGAAAAGGAGGAGGAGGACUCCACAAGACUGGGUUCCCCAAAGAAAGUCAGAUUUGCAUCUCCAGAGGAACCAGCUCCUCCAGUGUAUGUCAAACCCCCCUCCAGCGACGUGACGGUGUGGACCGGAGAACCAGAGUACGACCACUUUCUGUACUGCCGGGUGUACCAGCCAUCGAAGGUGGAGGAUCGGGAACUAAAAUGCGUCAUUACUUUAGGGGACCAGAUUAAGAAAACCAAAAGGAUUGAUGUAGAGAGGCCAGUCUCUCAGCCUCAGCCAGAGAAGGAAGAGCCAAAACCAAAAGGCAGAGGUCUGAUUGGCAUGCGUGCAAAGCCAGCGGAGGACAAAAUGGCGCAAUUUAAAAAAGAGGCUGAACAAAGAAAGGCUGAACAGGAAGCUAAGACAAGCGAUCAAGAUGAGUCUGGGACAAAUGCAGGUAAGAAAGCUGUUGAUAAAAAUGUGGAUGUGGCCGAGGAAAAAUCAGAUGUCAAGGGAGUGGAAGGUGGAGAAAAAGUGGAAAAUCCGGAAAUCAUAAUAACUGUGCAGUCUCCUGAUGCACCAGAGAACAAUACAGAUUUAAAAUCUGAAACAAACACAGAAAAGGGAGAGAACUCUGAAAGUGUCAUUGAUGGUGAUGUAAUUAACCCUGAUGAUGUUGCCGAGCAAACUAAUGAUGUUGAACAUAUUGAUGACACUGAAAAAUCUGAGGAGAAAAUUGUGACUAAAGAUAAGGAAGAAGAGACAGAUGAUCCAAACAGUAAACAAACACCAGACACCUCAAACAAGGGGAACAAACCAAAAGAACCACCGAAAAGGAGAUUCACUAAAGAUCUCAAAAAGUCCUCAGAAUCAGAUUCAAAGAAAAUGGCCAGGUCUCUCCUAAUGCAGAAGAAGAAAAAUGUCACAGUGAAACAGAAAGAGGCUGUUAAGUCGGAUUCUAAGAAACCAGGCAUCCAGGAAGAUUCCAAAAAGAGGGAUGUACAGGAUGAAGAACGUCCAGCGGAAGAGUUUGAAGAGUACCAGGAAAUAUUCUUUGAGAUUCCAGAAUACUUCGGAAAUGAUUCUGUGUGGCGAAAAGGUAAAGAGAAUGAGCCCAAGACCCUGAAACUGUCAGUGCACAAAGGUCCUCUGGAAGAAAUGUUCGCCAUGGCAACAAUUGAUUUAGAUGACAUUUUUGACCAGGAGAUGAAGACUGUGUUCCUUCCUGAGCCUCACGGAGAUGAUGAUGUCCCCCUACCCCCAGGGGAGAGAGACAAGGUAGAAGAUGAGCUGAACCUCCAACUCCCCACCCCCAAAACAGAGAAUGGAGCUCCUGUGGAGAAGCAUGAAAUCCUUAAGAAAUUGGAACCUCUCCACUUCCCAAUUUUUGCCCUUAACCCUAAGAAGACUGACAAUGUUCAUGAACCAUGUGGAAACGUCCCCAUUAUAUUCUACCUGGCUAAACAAGCCAGACCAAAAGUGUGGAACAGGAAUAAUGGUACUGUCCCAUUCAAUGAUUUUAUCCUUGACAUUGCCGGCAUUGACCUUCAGACAUGGAGGAAAGAAGACUUUUUUAAAGAGACAGAGAGUCGAGCAGCCUCAGCCAUGGAGUGGCAACCAGAGGUCCAGGUCAAGGUCGUAGAGAAGGAGGUCAUUAAGGAGGUCAUAGUCGAGGCAGAACCCAAGAUUGUUGAGGUUCCAAAAACUCCUCCACCGCCUGAACCAGAACCUCCAAAAGAGGAUACAAAUGGUGUUGAGGUGGUCUCUAAAGCAGAAUACGAUAAACUGAUCGACAAGCACAGUGAGGAGUUACAACUGGUACAGGUCGAGUAUGAAAAACGCUUACAAGAACUCCUAGAGAACUUGCAACAAAUGCAGCAGACACAACUCGAGCAGAAAGAGCUGCUACUGCAACAACAGCAGCAGCAACAGAACCGCCCACCACUCGUCCACCAGCGUCCAGUGUCUAGCAGCAGCAAACGGUCAUCUGCCAGUGGGGGACGUACGUCUGCCGUACCCCCUAAAACCCCCUCACAGCUUCAACCCUCCACCAUGGUAUCACCAAGUCUUGGGGUCAGUCAGGACAUGUUGCCAAAAACACCAGGGACUUAUGAUACUCUGACACCUAUUGGUUUUGAGUCAAGGACAGAAAACCAGUCUGUUGAUCAAUCAGUGAAUGAACCUCCCUCUUUCCCAAGGAAGAACUUUCGGAUUGGUCGACCCCUUCCAAGCUGGGGCACUGGUGUGCCAGAGGAUUUUAUGUCACGGUUGGCCUGGUUUGAGGAGUCUAGCAAAAAACACCAGCAGGAGAACCAGGAGAAGACAAUGAAGACUAUUCAGGAAGAACUAGAGAAAAAAUUGGCUGGGCAGAAUAAACUCAGUCGCAAGGAGGAGGGGCUGUACGAUGCAAUGAGGGAUGUCAGCUUACCAGCUCUGUUUAUGCCAACAAAAACCAACAAUGCUACAAUCUACAAUCCGAGAGCUCAUCAGUAUUUCCACCCUACAGGUUCUUCAGAUUUAAGAUUGUCUCAGCCUCCGUCAGUGUUCCAGUUACCUCCCCUUCCACAGAAGUCUCGAAUGUCAGUGGUGAAUCUUUUUGAGCUGAGCAGGAAUUUUAACCGCAAGGAGCAGGCUUGGUUGAUGGACAAAUACAUCCAACAGCAGGAGCCGCUACAGAAUGUGCACGGAACAGUCCCCCAGACCCCCGCCCCCACACUUACACAGACGCCGUAUAAUGACAAUCAACAGAGCGUGAGAGAUGUUGUCUCGGCUAAUGAGAGAGAGACUGAAAUGUGAUCACUGACAAUUCUAGGGGAAUAUUUAUGCGUUGGAACUGAGUGUAUGCGUGUGUUUCAAGUGACCUUCAUAUACCUGCAGAUUUAAGAUAUUUAUGUUUGUCAAAGCAACUGUGAUAAUUUUCAGUUUUUGUUGCAAUUUACAUAUUCUUAUAUACAGGUAAAUCCGUCCAAAUUUAAAGUUUUAGACAUGUUUUUGAUUUAAUUUAAUAUUUUGUUUUACAGAUCUUUGUACACUGACAUUAUUUUCUCGCUUUGAUAGAAAUAUUUGUCAAUAUUCUGAAUGAAAUAUGUGUUAGUGAAUAAGACUGUAAAUUCUUGUCUCAUUUUCGGUAAAUGUUAAUAUGCAUUUUCUGUUCAGUUUUUGUGUAUUAAAUGAAGUUUGUAAAACGUUUUCCAACUUUCAAUGGCUGAAUUUAUAUGACUGCAUGCCUGUUAUGAAAUAAUACAAUAUUAUAUAUGCAUGUAUACACAUGAUUGUUUAAAAAAAAAUACAUAAAAAGAAUUAUGCACAUUUUGUAAUUAUUGAAGGUCAUCUUUAUUUUCAAAAUAAACAUACAAAUUUUUAGCACUUUCAAAACGUGUAUAUUGAAGCAUUUACCAUUGUGCAAUGUGGUGUACACAAGCUUAGAAAGUAUCUUAUUGGCAUAAUGAUUGCCUGAAACUGGUUGUUAUUAUGCAUAAACAUGUAAUAAUGUAAUGUUUAUGGUUAAAGAUUAAAUUAUUUCAAAACAAA